GUCCACAAAUCCAUAAAUAUCCACCCAAAAACCCUUUCUGGCGUCAUCUCCUAUCCAAGUCUGCAACUACCUGCCCGUGCGAUUGCUUCUCGUCUCGUCUAAUGACGACACUCAAUGCAUCUCUCCUCCCUAAAACCUUCAUCUCUUCGUCAUUUAUAGCUUCAGAAUCAAGCAUAAGGUUUUCUGUUCCAGUAUAUGCCUCCGUUUCUCCAGUUCCUCUCGUUUCUCCCUUCAGAUCCAAUCCUCUUUCUUACUUCUCAACUCGUCCUUCCUGCAACUCCUUUUCGUCCCGGAAACCCAUUCGAGCGGCGCUAGAUGGAGAUUACACUUCGAGGAGGAGCAGGAGCAGUAACAGUAGCAGCAACGAGCCUAGAGAAACUAUUUUGCUACCCGGUUGUGAUUACAAUCACUGGCUCAUCGUAAUGGAAUUUCCUAAGGAUCCCGCACCGACGAGAGAACAAAUGAUCGAAACUUAUCUCAAUACUCUCGCUACUGUACUGGGAAGCAUGGAAGAAGCGAAGAAGAACAUGUAUGCCUUCAGUACCACCACCUACACUGGAUUCCAGUGCACUGUAGAUGAAGAAACAUCUGAGAAAUUCAAGGGAUUGCCUGGAGUUCUUUGGGUGUUGCCUGAUUCAUACAUAGAUGUGAAGAAUAAAGACUAUGGAGGUGACAAGUAUAUUAAUGGAGAGAUAAUUCCCUGCAAAUACCCCACUUAUCAACCAAAGCAACGUGGUGGAUCGAAAUAUGAGAGCAGAAAGUAUGAAAGACGGAGGGAUGGUCCUCCUGCUGAGCGGAGAAGACCCAGACAAGAGGCAACCAAUUCAGAGUCAGCCUCUGGAUAAGGUUACUAAUGUUUUCUUUCAAACUUGCACAUCUAGGUUCUAAUUGGGUGCAAAGAGAGGCUGUUGUGCACAUCGUUGAACCAGAAGUUUUACAGGAUGCUGCUGCCUAAUUUUUGGUUAUGGUUAAGCAUUUGUCCAUAUAUACAUCUUGAAAGUACUGCAGUUUAGUGUGGUAUAGAGAAAGGAAAUCAUAAUAUUUGGGAAAUCAAUGCAUGGGGAUGUUUAGUAAGACUGGUUCUGACAUGUGGAAGGCAUGAUUCUUCUGUACUAUUUCUCUAUAUUCUCUUUUAGUCUUUCAUGGUUUCUUA